UUUGCUAGAUUUGUGGGUUAUUUAAGUAUCUUCUCUCGGGGGAAGAAAAAUAGUUUCUAUUAUAUUCUACACGGACGCCGCGUUCUCUGACUUUGGGCAACUCCCCGAGCUCCCUUCCUCUCUCCUCCUUCCUCCGGGAACAGGGGGGCGUGCUAUAGACACACACAUAUAGGGAGAGCCUUUCAUGCCUUUGGGGGAGAGAGCGGCGGAGAGGUUCCUGCGAUGAGAUUGCCUCGCGGCUGCCGUUUCGAUCCGAGAGAAUCGGAGAUGAUCGAGUACCUCCAAGAUAAGGUUGAAGGGCGACCGGCCGCCUGCCAAGGAGUGAUUAAAGAUAAUAUUGACGUUUACGGAUGCAGUCCUGAGCAACUCCCUGGCUCAAGGAAACCUGGGACAUGGCAGGUGAUUUGAUUCCGGGUGAUGAUGGGAGAUUGUUUUGUUUUACUCCAAUCAAGCACCGAACAGGAAACUGUAGGGAUCGUAGUGCUCCAGAUGGCUACUGGAAGUCAACAAAGAAAAGGACUGUAAUUCAUAAUGAUGAAGGAAGAUCAGUAGGGUUCGUGCAGGAUCUCUGCUAUCACCAUGGAAAAAGGAGGACUAAAUGGCUCAUGAAAGAGUAUACACUUGUUGGUGAUCUGCCUAAGAUGGCUCUCUGUGUAAUAUAUUGUGCACAGAAUAAAUGUAAAGACCGAAUCCAAGGAAAUGAAUGGAGGAUGAAGCCUAACUGCCUUGAUAAUGCUCCCUCAUUUAACCAAUGGUCUCGGUGGAACAAGCCUCACGAAGCAAUAGAUUCAGAAUCUGAGGAUACCCGACUCCCCUACCUGUCAUAUGAUUUGAGUUCCUUGGGAAGGACUACUAAAGAUGAAUGCCAUCAAUAUCUAAAAUCGGUAGCCGCAAAAACAGGUGAGAGCUACCAUAAAAUUGUGUUUAUGGCUCUGAACUUGGCUGCAGCAGAGGUGGCUCAGAAAUUUGGCGAACCUGAAGAGAGAGUAGGUCCAAGUAAAACGGAAGGUGCUUUUACCUUUGAAUCUUCCCAAGGAUCACCAUCUCCUACUGCGACCAGUGUAGGCUAUGUAAGUGGAGGUGAGGGGUGUUCAGGUUCCAGCAGUGUUGCAGAUGUAAGUGAUUGGCCGCUGGAUGUGGAUUUAGAUUUCUUAGAUUUUGGUGCCCCAUUACAAGAAUCACCAUCUGUUGCUCCAUUUAAAGAAGGUGAAUUAGCUGAAGCUCCUGCAUGCCCUGGUAUGCUGCCAGAUACCUGUUCUCCAGAAACAAACAACUGGUAUGUGGAUGGUAUAGAGGAUGGACCAGACAAAAAGACUUGUUCUUAAUAGCAUAUGUCAUCCCAAUUAUCACUAUUUGCCUUUCCAGAUAGCAUAGAAAAUUCAGGUCGAGCUAGCAUUUCUUUCAGAAUCAUAGCAGGAUAGAUUCAUGUUUGGAUGUUAUGAGAUGGAUGGAUAACUUUCAUGGAGUCAACAUAUAUAUCAAUGAAAGUUCUGUCUCUAAUUAUGCUGCAGACUUGAAUAUCAUAGGUAAUGUUUGUUAUAUUUAUUUAUUAGUUUGUGCAACUUGCAAAAUUUUCUUGUUGGAUUUAUACAGAAACCUGUUUCCUUUUUCAGAAAACAAGUACUUAAUUCUUAUAAAUGUAUCUGGUUAACUUGUUGAACA